AUGAAGACACAAUUCAAUAAGAUCCCGUCCCAUGGUCAAAUCAAGAAACACAGAGUAGCCAUUGACCAAGUUGUUGUCCCAUGCACAACAGACGAAGAGAUUAAAGACAGAAUUAGUUCAGCAAUUGGACCCAACGAUGACCUGCAGACUACUACCAGAAAACGCAAACUAAAAUUCUAUGGCCGUAUUACAAGGUCCUCCUGUGCUCGCAAAGAGCUUCUCUCAGACAACAGUAGAACAGGAAACAGAAAAAGAGACAAAGAAAAAGCGAUGGGAAGACGACAUAGGAGAGUGGACGGGCCUGUCAAAGAAAGACGACAUAGGAGAGUGGACGGGCCUGUCAAAGAAAGACGACAUAGGAGAGUGGACGGGCCUGUCAAAGAAAGACGACAUAGGAGAAUGGACGGGCCAGUCAAUGAAAGACGACAUAGGAGAGUGGACGGGCCUGUCAAAGAAAGACGACAUAGGAGAGUGGACGGGCCUGUCAAUGAAAGACGACAUAGGAGAGUGGACGGGCCUGUCAAAGAAAGACGACAUAGGAGAGUGGACGGGCCAGUCAAUGAAAGACGACAUAGGAGAGUGGACGGGCCUGUCAAAGAAAGACGACAUAGGAGAGUGGACGGGCCAGUCAAUGAAAGACGACAUAGGAGAGUGGACGGGCCUGUCAAAGAAAGACGACAUAGGAGAGUGGACGGGCCAGUCAAUGAAAGACGACAUAGGAGAGUGGACGGGCCUGUCAAAGAAAGACGACAUAGGAGAAUGGACGGGCCAGUCAAUGAAAGACGACAUAGGAGAGUGGACGGGCCUGUCAAAGAAAGACGACAUAGGAGAGUGGACGGGCCUGUCAAUGAAAGACGACAUAGGAGAGUGGACUGGCCUGUCAAAGAAAGACGACAUAGGAGAGUGGACGGGCCUGUCAAAGAAAGACGACAUAGGAGAGUGGACGGGCCUGUCAAUGAAAGACGACAUAGGAGAGUGGACGGGCCUGUCAAAGAAAGACGACAUAGGAGAGUGGACGGGCCUGUCAAUGAAAGACGACAUAGGAGAGUGGACGGGCCUGUCAAAGAAAGACGACAUAGGAGAGUGGACGGGCCUGUCAAUGAAAGACGACAUAGGAGAGUGGACGGGCCUGUCAAUGAAAGACGACAUAGGAGAGUGGACGGGCCUGUCAAUGAAAGACGACAUAGGAGAGUGGACGGGCCUGUCAAUGAAAGACGACAUAGGAGAAUGGACGGGCCUGUCAAUGAAAGACGACAUAGGAGAAUGGACGGGCCUGUCAAUGAAAGACGACAUAGGAGAGUGGACGGGCCUGUCAAUGAAAGACGACAUAGGAGAAUGGACGGGCCUGUCAAUGAAAGACGACAUAGGAGAAUGGACGGGCCUGUCAAUGAAAGAAAUUCUAUCAAGGUAGACAACGAUGCUAGUGAGGUAAAGAAUGGUUCUACUGAGGUAGACAAUAGUGCUAGUGAGGUAAAGAUUGGUUCUACUGACGUAGACAAUAGUGCUAGUGAGGUAAAGAAUGGUUCUACUGAGGUAGACAACGAUACUAGUGGGGUAAAGAAUGGUUCUACUGAGGUAGACAAUAGUGCUAGUGAGGUAAAGAAUGGUUCUACUGAGGUAGACAAUAGUGCUAGUGAGGUAAAGAAUGGUUCUACUGAGGUAGACAACGAUACUAGUGGGGUAAAGAAUGGUUCUACUGAGGUAGACAAUAGUGCUAGUGAGGUAAAGAAUGGUUCUACUGAGGUAGACAAUAGUGCUAGUGAGGUAAAGAAUGGUUCUACUGAGGUAGACAAUAGUGCUAGUGAGGUAAAGAAUGGUUCUACUGAGGUAGACAACGAUACUAGUGGGGUAAAGAAUGGUUCUACUGAGGUAGACAAUAGUGCUAGUGAGGUAAAGAAUGGUUCUACUGAGUAA